AUGGCAGCAGAGGUCAGGCCGCUGCCACAGCUCAAGCUCCCCUCGGCACCACAGGCCAUCACCGCCGAGCAGCGCUACUGGAAAACCUUCAAGAACCAAAAAUCCCACACGACCACCGCCUCGUGGGGCGUCACCCACAUCUCCUUCCCCUCGCCCUCCUCCUCGUCAUCCUCAUCGUCCUCCACCGCCGCCAGGAACAAUGAUCUCUUCGCCGUCACCGCCGGCCCCCGCGUCGAUGUCUACUCCAUCCGUCGCCGCGAGCCCCUCAAGACCAUCGGCCGUUUCGACAGUGUCGCACGAUCCGGUGAGAUUCGCGCCGACUCGCGCGUCCUAGUGGCCGGCGACGAUUCGGGGAAGAUGCAAGUUUUCGAUGUCGCAGGCGGGGCCAGGGCCGUCGUUCUCAAGACCUGGCACGUCCACAAGCAGCCCGUCUGGGUCACCAGGUGGAGCCCGUCGGACCUGACCACGCUCAUGAGCGCGAGCGACGACAGAACGGUGCGUCUCUGGGAUCUGCCGGGCCAGGAGGCCACGAGGCAGUUUGUCGGCCACCAAGACUACGUCCGCAGCGGCGCCUUCAUGCCGGGCGGCCUGGGCGCGAGCAGCAAUAUGCUGGUGACGGGGAGCUACGACGCCACUGUCAAGAUAUGGGACGCGAGGGUGCCAAACGGGAGCGUCCUGACCUUCAAGCACGCCGCCCCCGUCGAGGAGGUCCUCCCCCUGCCGACGGGCACUACCGUUCUCGCCGCUGCCGACAACGCCAUCUCUGUGUUAGAUCUGGUCGCCGCCCGCGUGCAGCGGGUCAUCACCAACCAUCAGAAGACGGUCACGUCGCUCUGCCUGGCCUCCAACGGCAGGCGUGUCGUCAGCGGCGGCCUGGACGGCCACGUCAAGAUCUUCGAAACAGGCUCGUGGAAUGUCGUCGCCGGCGCAAAAUACCCCUCGCCUAUCCUGUCCCUCAGCGUCAUCACCGCAGGCGCCAACGCCGCAGAUCGCCAUCUGGCCGUGGGCAUGCAGUCGGGUGUGCUCUCCCUCAAGACCCGCCUGACAGGCUCGGCCGCCGAAAAGGAGCGUGAGCGUGCCCGCGCCGCUGCCGUCACGGACCUGUCGCAGCUAGACGUGGCCAAGUCCACCAAGCGGAAGCGCAAGGAGAUCCUCACCCGGUCCCUCGCCGCCGUCGACCGCGAUGUCGACUUCCUAAUCGACAAAGACGCCCACGGCCGUCCCGCCAAGGAGCGCCAAUGGCAGUAUGACCUCCGGCACGGAAAGUACGCCGCCGCUCUGGACGGCGUCCUCGACACCGCCGCGCCCGACCACAGCAAGCUCAACGUGUUGACCCUACUCCACGCGCUGCGCCACCGGUCUGCCCUGCGCGCCGCCCUCGAGCACAGGGACGAGGUCUCGGUGCGGCCUGUCAUGCACUGGAUCAGCAAUCACAUCAUCGACCCGCGCUACCGCAGCGCAUGCGUCGACGUCGGCCUGCACCUCCUCGACCUGUACGCCGAGCACGCCGGGGCCAGCACCGAGCUGGCCGCCGCCUUCAAGACUCUGCGGAAGAGAGUCACCCAGGAGGUCGAGAAGGCCCAAGUCGCGGCGCAGACGGGUGGCAUGGUGGAGGCGUUGAUGAUUGCUGGGGAAGAGGCAUGA